CCAGCUUGCUGCUUGUUACAUAUAUAUACACAUAAGAAUUCCUAAGUAUGUAUAUACACGUAUUACCUAAUAGUGUUAAUUCUAAAAAAUAUGUAUUUUGGAAGAAAUUUAUACACAUUAUAAAUCUGCAUAGAAUGGCGCCAAUGUCUAAUAUUUAAUAGGUUAUCAUACACGUGACAGCUAAAUUCUUAAUAUUAAACAGUGAAAUUAUUAAUUUCUUAAACUAAGUAAUUUUAAAAUAGUUAUUUGAUUAUUCAAUUAAGUAAAUUAAAUGAUAUAUUGAAGUCAUGGAAGAAAAAAUUCAAAUGGAAGAAGAUAAUGAUGAUGAAAAUAAUGUUGCUGUUAAAAAUACAAUUCCACUAAUAAAAGAUUUAUUUCAUGUACAUGGAAAAGUUGGAGAAGGAACUUUCAGUUCUGUGUACUUAGCUACUUUAAAACUAUCUGACGGUUCUAAAAAAUUUGCAUUGAAACAUUUAGUUCCUACUAGACAUCCUGAAAAAAUUGAACGAGAAUUACAAUGUAUGCAACAGAUCGGAGGAAAAGAUUAUGUAGUUGGAUUAGAAUUAUGUUUACGAAAUUUUGAAACAGUAAUAUUUGUAAUGCCAUAUAUGAGGCAUGAUAAAUUUUCGGAAUAUGUACAAGAUAUGACUGUACAGGAAACAAAAGAUUAUAUGAUUGCAUUAUUAACUGCAUUACGAAGGGUUCAUAAAUUUAAUAUUAUACAUAGAGAUGUCAAACCCAGUAAUUUUUUAUAUGAUAGAUGCAACAAAAGAUACUUGUUAGUUGAUUUUGGAUUAGCACAAGAAUAUAUAGCAGAGAAAAAAUCUAACAAUCUUAAAUUACUUAAUUCUGAAACACAAGUUGUUAAAAGGAAAAGAACGGAUGAAGUAAUGUAUCAAUUAUUUACAAUUGUAGAAGAAGUUUCUUUAAAAAACGUAUGUUGUUACUCUCUAAUAUUUUUGCAGAAUAGUUUAAAUCUUUCUCUUGAUAGAAGAAGAAAAGGUACAGAAGACAAGUGUUACUGCUUUGGUAAAGCAAAAGUUUGUUCAUUAUGUAUAUCAAGACCAGAACAGACAGCCCCAAGAGCUGGUACACCAGGUUUUCGUGCUCCGGAAGUUUUACUAAAGCAUCCUUCACAAACACCAGCAAUUGAUAUUUGGGCAAGUGGAGUAAUUAUGCUCUGUAUUCUUAGUGGUACUCAACCAUUUUUUCUUUCACCAGAUGAUUGUACAGCUUUAGCAGAAAUAACAACUAUAUUUGGGUCAAAUAAAAUGCAACAGUGUGCACGCAAAUUAGGAAAAAAAGUUAUCUUUAGUGAAGAUAUACCAGGGGUUGAUAUUGUAUCUUUAUGUCAGAAAUUACAAAAAAGAAAUAAAGGUUUAUUAAAUAAUAAAGAUCAUAACACAUGUGAAAAGGUAUCAUUGGACACUCAGUUUCCAAAAGAAGCUUAUCAUCUUCUACUAAGGUUAUUGGAUUUAGAUUACAAAACACGUCUUACUGCAGAUCAAGCUUUAAAUCAUCCAUUUUUUAAAUUAUAAUGUAUAUUUUCAUCUUA